CCCUUCCAGACACUGCAUGCUACGGCUUUCUUAGCUUAUGCAUUAGAACUUCUUUUUCAGCACAUAGACGCCCUGCCGUCCUCACUUGUAUAUCUUUUAUUCCAACCAACCAACCAACCAACCAACCAACCAGCUCUGCGAUCUUCUCUGAAGAAGAUCAAUUCUAUUGCCUGUCCACGCAUCUGCCCCGAGCUUAACUGGACCCCCACCAAACCCUAGUCGAUCUUGUCCAGCCUCCUCCAAGAUGGGUCAUGUUGGUGAUCACAUGCAUUCAUUGAACGGACUCGAAGAGGGUUACGUCCACAACAGGGCCAACCCACUACCUGGACCGGAUCACGACUACAUUGAUCGAAAUAUACCUCCACCCGAUCAACGUCCACCAGCACUGGGAUACAUGCCUUUACCUGAGCCCCGCACAGAGCUCUCCCAAAGCUUCUCCCCAGACUCAUAUCAUUUUACGGAUAGAAGAACAGAGAGAAAAACAGACAGGUCCUCCACUGGAAGGCCGCUCAGCCUGCGCACCAUGACCAACACUACAUCAAUGCCCGAAUAUACAUACCUCGACCGUGCCAACACCGAUUCACCAUCUCAACGAGCGCAUUCGAUCCACGCGAUAGGGGCCGUCCCGCCAUCUCUUUAUCCUCUCUUGCGCCCUGAUGGAACGCCAGAGGAACCAUCAUCUUCUUCCCGGACGGAUCGCCUUCCCGGAUUCCAUCAACUAAGCCAGAUCGCCGACAGCGCAGCGGAAGCAAGUGAUCCAAGACCAACUGGAUUACCAAACCUAUCUACGUAUUCUGGUCAGAUAAUCGCCCAGACCGCGUCGACUUCACAUCCACACUUCCCACCAUCGCAGAAAUCCAGUCCGUCGACUAACUUCAUGUUACUUGGGCACGCAUCGCCUACAAACACCCGGACCGACGAUACAUAUGUAAACUCGCACUCGCCAGCUUCCUUCUCUGCUCCAAACAACUUUGAUUCAAGACGUAAGUCGGCUCAAAAUGGUCGACCCCCACCAUUCAUUCCAUCGAUGUCUUCUAUUGGGACCACAUCUUCCACAGAUACUAUGGUUAGUCUCCAGAGCCACCAAAGCUCUGAAGCUGGAGGAUACAGCACGAAUCACACGACAUCACUGGAGUCUACACCGUCAUCUCUGGACGGAACGCCGAAAACAUCGGGAGUUCCACGUUUACAAUCAUCGACAUCCGCAUCUGCAGGAUUCCCUUGCGAGUAUCCUGGCUGCACCGCACCUCCUUUCCAAACGCAAUACCUUCUCAACUCGCACGCAAACGUGCACAGUUCAAGUCGCCCGCACUACUGUCCUGUUAAAGGCUGCCCAAGAGGCGAGGGCGGUAAGGGGUUCAAACGCAAGAACGAGAUGAUCCGUCAUGGACUAGUUCACGACAGCCCAGGCUAUGUGUGCCCAUUCUGUCCCUUGCGGGAACACAAAUACCCCCGCCCGGAUAAUCUCCAGAGGUAAAGUGCAUCAAUCAGGAGAUUUCUUGCGUUGACUAAUUUGGGUUCCUACAGACACGUCCGUGUCCACCAUGUGGAUAAGGACAAGGAUGAUCCUUUACUUCGAGAAGUUCUGGCCCAGCGACCCGAAGGUGGU